CGGAGAUUUGAAGAGAGAGAAUAUGUUUGACCUGGAUAAAAUUGACUUUUCUGCUCUAAUGGCGAAACCAAAAGGCACAAAGGUGUUUGUGCCUGAUAAAUGUAAGGUGCAGGUCUUCCGGGGCAAACUGGGACAGAGUCUUUCUCCUGAUAAACAGGAUUAUGACUUCGGAGACCCUAAAAUGCCCAAGAAACUCGGGGAAUACAACUGCCUGCACGAUAAAUACUUGAAGAAGUUCUUCAGACAUCCGGAGAAAAAGAAACAGCUCAUAAAACUUGGCAUAAUUUCUCAGGAUGGAAAAGUCCGGUGCUCCGUAAAGGAGUUUAACGAAUACGUUGAGCACCUGAAGGACACCCCACUGAAACAGGAUACAUCAAAAAUCAAGCAGCCCAGCUUACAAAUGACCUGCCGGUGGAAGGGUUCCAGCCGCCCGGAGAAGAAGAUGAAGAAAGAGACUGAGGAGCUGAGGCUGAUAGACCUGGAGGAGGAGGUUCAUGUUUCAGUUGAGGACCUAAAACAAACUCCUAGAGAAAAAAAGGUGGAGGAUACAUCAGAAUUCAAGCAGCCCAGCUUACAAAUGACCUGCCAGAGCAAGGGCUCCAGCCGCCCGGAGAAGAAGAAGCGGCGCAUGAAACAAAAACGAACCGAUCAGGAAAAGAAAGAACGUACAUUACUCGCACAAUCCCACACAUUAGAGCGUGAUGAUGAUCAGGUUUAUGAUUUCAAAACUGAAAAAGAGCCCGAGGAGCUGCGGCUGAUAGACCUCGAGGAGGAGCAGGAGGAGGAGCAGAGCUUCCAAACCGAGGUGGCUGAUGUUUCAGUGGAGGAUAUAGACCAAGCUCCUAAAGAAGAAACGGUGGAGAUGACAACAUCAAAGCCAAUCCUCCCACUCGAAACUGAGACGCACCUGAAGAAAAAGAAAUCUUUGACUCGGAUAAAUGUCCAAGAGCCAUCCAGCACCUGGGAGAAAAUGGAGGAAACUUCUGAAGAGGGUGACAGCCGAGGCUCCAUCUGGUCCAUCUUCAAGAGAGUCUGGAAGGCAGUAAAGCGCCCCAAAUCAGCUCCUCCUGCCAUCUAAAUUUCCCCAUUUUCCCCAUUCACCACCCCCCCUUUCACUUCUUUUUUAUAUUAAUCAUAUGAUUUGGUCAACGCUAUCCAUAUUAAUCUAUUGUAUUGUAUCAAAUUAUCCGCCAUAUUGUUCGCCAUAAAUUCGCAACCGUCUGGAGCGCAUAUUAAUAGCGGCCCCCUGAUGCCCCCAAAUCUACAUCUACAAUUAAAGAUUGCAGUGUGACGCUGCAGCAAAAGUAAGACUGAGAGUGCAUCCUGAUUGGUCCCUGCUUGGGCUUGGAUCUGUCAGUGAGCACAUGUGGGAGCGAUUUAGGCUCCACAGCUCUCUUUCUAGGCUAGAAUAUUCUAGUUUAGUUUCGUUUCUGCAGUAUAAAGGUAAUAAGAUAAUUUUAUAUUGUAUAGGUAUUGUAGAUGAUUUGCAGGCAUCAGGAAGCAAACAUAUAUAAAACUGUUUAUGUGGUCUUAAAGUCACGUCAUAUCAUGUAUUAGUCAUAUGUGGUUUAGACCAGAGGAGGAUGGGUCCCCCUUGUGAAGCCUGGUUCCUCCUGAGGUUUCUUCCUACAGGGGAGUUUUUCCUCACCACUGUCGACUUGGGCUUGCUCACUUGGGGUUACGUGUUUAGUAAAAAUCACUAGACUAAUAAACGCGUGAUGUGACGUGACUUUAAAGAAACCACAUAACAGCGAAUGCAGCCUUGACCAAAUCAUAUCAUUAACGCUCACCACCCAAAAAAAUAAUAAACAUUUUAAAAUAUA